UCAUUUCAGUCUUAUUUUAGGAAAUUUUCAAGAAAUUUCCAAUUAGUUACUGAUCAAUUAAUUAAAUUGAUAACACAAGUAUGUGAACUGCGACUAAUAUGUCUCUCAACGCCGAGUCAUGGAGCCCUUUCGAUGUGGCGUAUUGGAUUGCUGGUUUGGAGACGAAUGCGAAUCCAACCCCAACCGAACGUGGAUUUGCCUUCUACUCGGCCUGUUUCCUCCAACAAAAUGUUUCUGGUCGUCUAUUACUCAACCUUAUGGCUGGGGACCUGAGCCGUUACGGCGUCGAGAAGGUUGGUGACCAACUCCUCCUUCAAGAUGCAAUCCAAGCCCUCCGAUCCGAAUUGGACACACCACGAAUGACCCUGCAGUCCCUGGCAUCCACCUUGGCCGUGAGAUGUCGCAAUUAUCGGGGGGAACUGUCAUUGUUGUCAACCUCACGGGGUGGAGGUGGAUCAAGUGGACCCCCAGGGACCCAAAAUAACUACAUCCCAACAGACUCCCUCUCGUCAGCUAGUCAUUUGUUGGAUUCCUCAAAAAUCUUGAUACGAUGGCUCACAAGGUUCCCUUUCUUGGGAAAUUCAGAGUAUGAUGUGGUCACGGUCAAACUAACCAAACACUGUUUCGAGUUGGCCAUGUUGAGUCAACGGGACUCCUUUGCGGAUAAUGCAAUCGAGGAAGUUCAAUAUCUAUGUACCAAGAUUAUUGAAAUUUGCGAAGAGCUCAUUCACUCUAGAGAUUCUCUCGUCAUUCAGCCUGCAGCAGUGGAUGUAAUAACAUUAAGAAAGCGGACAGAGCAAGAGCUGGGACUCCAUGUGGAAUCUAGUUAUUUUGGAUUGCACCAAGUUUCUGCAGUAAAAUUAUCCAGCCCCGCACAACAGUCGGGUCAUUUAGAGAAAGGAGAUGAAAUUCUGCAAAUCAAUUAUCAGACUGUAGUUGGAUGGCCGCAAAUAAAUGUGAUUAAUCUUCUCAAUGAAGAUUGCAAUGAAGUGAUACUAACUAUUAAGAGACGACCCAGACAUGCUACAGCUAAUAUUUUGGCCCACAUGUACCUUAGACCAAGUAAUAAGCUUAUGGGUAGCACAAACAGAUCUCAGAGACGUCACGGUCGACAUUCAACUGAUAAAAUUUGCAACCACUUAACCGUGUCUCCCGGAGGUGGCUUGAUUCCAGCUCCAAUGUCUCUACCCUCGUCUCGUCGUCAUCAAAAAUCAAUGCCGAUAUCUCCAGUCCCAGAGGAUGAGAAUAGUUCCUCGUCAACCACAAGUAGCAGUGGAAAUAGUCCUGUUGUCCUAUUGAAUGUUAACAUGGGCGAAGAAACAAGUGUACUUCCGCCUAAUUUAAGCAAAACUACUGGAGAUUUGAUUCCUGGUUCGGAGGCAGAGGAUUCUUCGUCUACCCCUCAAUUAACCACGGGACAGUCUUUGGACACAAUAGAUUCGGAUGACACUGGCGAGAUUGGUGCCAAAUCGCCCGGUUUAAACGUUGGUGGUGGCCUAAAUUCUGGUUCCGGUUCCGGCUCGGAUACCCACUCUGGAUCAACCUCUACAAAAAGUCCUAAUAGUUCCUCGGCGCAUUCUCGCUUUUGGAAAUUGUAUCCUAGACCAAGAAAUUUAAUCCGACGCAGGGCUACCGUCACUGGUGCUUCUCCCACAAGCACAAGGCCACCUGUUACCUUUUUUGACGACGAUAAUGCUGACUCGAGUAAAUUACGACCUCCACUAAUCAACUCAAAAUCUGCUCCUGAGAAGAUACGUGUAGGGUUGAGGAAACAGGGCCAUGUAGAAAAUCAUAUUAAUACAACCUUGCACAGACAAACUAUGCCACCAUCAGUUUCGGUAGACAUGGACAUUACCAAAGCAGAUGCAUCAGAAGCAAAGCUCUCUGCAAUUAGUUCCAUAAUUGCAUCUAAUAAACCCGUUGUAGAACCGGUGAUAAAGACAACUUCGGGAAUGCAAACUGUCCCAGAAAUCGAAAGACAACAAGAAGAAGUAGACCAAUCAAAAUCAGCAGACAUUCCUAGGCCAGUUCCUCUACCAAAGCCAUCAUUACCUAGUUCUGGGGUUACAGUAUCAUCAUAUCCUACGCCGGCUCCACGUUACAAAUCGCCAACUAUUCCAAAUAAACUAACUCAGUCAGAAUUUAAGACAACUGUCGACGAGAAAGCUUGCUCACCAGUAGGACAGCCAAUUCCGUUGCAGAGAAGACUGCCAAGCCCUGAUAAGCCUUUGUCCGCAGUCCCAAGGAGAUUGUCUGCGUCAGUAUCACCAGAUAAAAUUACAGAAAUGUUGCCCAGUUCAAGUUUGGGAAUCACUGAACCUACUGUCGUGCUCAAAGGAAUUUUACAUUUACGUCAAUCUCCAUCAAACCUGCUUGUAAAAUCUAAUAGUCUGACGUCGACAUUGAAUUCCGGUACUGGUACUGGAUUCUCUCCACAUCCACGUUGGACAAGACAUCCAGCAACUCUGAAUUCAAUAAAAAUUCUUCAAAUUGGCUCAGAUCCCGAAGGCUCACUUUGUAUCAACAUGAAUCAAGAUAAUAUUUCAACUUGUGAAGUCUCUCUUGCUAAAGAAGUGCACUCAAGACCAUUCGCCUUCAAAAUCGAUAUUAAAGGAAAGACUAAAGUAUUUGAUGGAACAGAUGCCGAUGGUACCGUAAGAGCUUGUGGAAUAUUCUAUCUUGCGGCUGAAUCCCAAUCUGAGUUUGAAGUGUGGAUGAGACACUUAAUGAAACAGGAUAUUUGUGACUCUUUGUUCCGCACACCUGCUUCAUCGUCUGGGCCAAAGGAUUUAAUGUAUCAGAAACUACGAUCAUCAGCUCCGCCAGUUUACAAGAGGUCUAUCUCAUUGGGAAAUUCGCCGGCUUAUUCUAGAAGAAAUUCCUUAAUUACUCACGGUACUCGUGGAAAUGGGGGCGGCAGCAGUUCUUCGUGUUCUAUAAACGACUCUCCAAUUUAUCACAACCGCUCCUUCGUCUUGAGGAAAAAUAAUUUAUUACGGAGUGCUAGACUGGUGGGAAAUUCCACACCUAACGUGCAAGCCUCAAUUGUAGCAACGGCCACUACACCGAGUACCGCAUCCAAUUCUGUGACAAAUAUUAGCGGCAGCAAGCCAACCCCCAAGAAAAGCAGCGAAAUUGUCAAGUCUGAAUGGUUCAAUGCUCCGACCCCGACGCAAGUUUCUUCAUCUCCCAAAAGAUUUUUCACUCAAACUGCACCUCCUUAUCGAAGCCCUUAUUCUACACCUCCAUCUACGUCGUUUUCUGUUUUGCGGUCAGGUAGCGGAUCAGGUUCUUUAUUUCAGGGAUUUUCCAACGGGAAAAAUAUCAGCGGGGGCAGCAGCAGUAACAUAUCAAGCAUUACAAUCAAAAGUGUAAAAAAAUCUGAAGGUGAAUUAACAUCACCUACAACGCCGGGUGCUGGUGGUUCGUUCUCCAGACCCUUUUCUCCCGACAAUAUGGGCAGAUCACGAACUACCAGUGGGACCAAUAAGUUACCUAGCAUGGGAGUCAGUAUUAUGCUUGCUAAGCAAAAUAACCAGAGUCCUUUAUCUUCGCCAAAGAAGGUAAUUUCAUCAAUGUUUGCAGUUCCAGCCACCCCUAGCGAUACACCCGCAAAGGAUAUUUCCCCAAAGAAAGAUAGAUUGUCAUCAUCAACGUCAACAUCGUCUUCUUCUGAUGUUUUCAUAAAGGCCGAAGCUGAACAAUCAUCAACACACGAAACUAAGAGGAAGCAGCGUGUAGUCAAUUGCCCAUCUUGUGGAGGAUCGACUUCAUCAUUUUCCAAAUCGGACAAGAACGCACCCAUGCGGGACAUGUCAACACAGACGGCUGAGAGUGAACAGAAUCAUCAUCUGACUCUGUCUGACCCAUUCACGAGCACUAUUCCUGUGUCACCCAACUUGGAACUCAUUCGACAUCUCAUCAAUGAGCAGGAAGGAAGUCGAGUGUAGUUUUACAUACAUAUUAUUUACAUAUGUUACUUACAUAUGUAAAUGUACUUUACCUUUCGAUACAUUCAUUUUUUACCUGUUAUUUCUGUGAUGUUUGGUGACUUCGCUUAAUGGUUAACGAGCUCGAGUUUCUCAAUUGUCGACAUAUCCAUCUCCUACUACUUUCCUGUUUAUUAACCUUUUUAUGUAUUGACUACUUCACUGACUUUACCGACUUUUACUACAUGUGUAUGUCGAAUAUGCUAACCAUAUUAGCUGUAUUCCUAUAACUUUAAUAAAUACUUUUGUUUAAUA